AUGAGCGAUUCUCUUACACAUCCGACCCGGAAGAUCCUGCUCAUCGCGACGACGGGAGGCUUUACCCAUGCUUCUCCUGUGUUCGAAAUCGGGCGGGUUCUUGCUGAGAGAGGCCACACAAUAGAAUUCGCGACUUUAGAAGGACAAGAGCACUGGAUCAAGGAUUAUGAAUUCGUCUCCAAGAUUCAUUUCCUGGGUCCUUAUGCAACCGAGGAGCAGUUGACUGCGCAUUACUUGCGCAUGCGAAAAUGGGACAUUUCCGAAGGCAUUGGUGGCGCAAUGGACUCUAAGUACUUGUUUGAUUCUUUCUGGCCACAGACCUAUCACGGUCUCAAGGCAAUUAUGGAAGACCCGGCCAGGCGACCUGACAUGAUGGUUGCCGAUUUCUUCGUCGAUGCGGUGAAAGAUAUGAUGCUGGAGUAUAACAUACCGAUCGCCACCGUCUGGCCGCAAAUGCCCUUCCUAAUGAUGCCUUGCACAUAUAUCCCCGGCCAGCCUGGUUUCCAGUUACAAGGAACAUUGACCUCGGAGACGGCGUCGCUGUGGCUACGUAUGAGAAACGAGCUCACUGUUGUUAAAGCAAUUUUCCAGAUCAUUAAAUGGGUCAGGUGGACCAGUGCGAUGCGGAAACGCGAAGGUGUUCAUUAUCCACCACAUCGCAUCCAGAAGCCCAAUUAUCUCAUUUUCGUGAACUCUUUCUUCGGCCUUGAAAUUCCACGCGAUCUCCCCCCAACCGCGGCCGUAGUCGGGCCACUCAUCAGCGACACAUAUCCUCCAUUAGGCGAGUACGAGGGUUUCCUGUCCCGACACAAGUCAGUCAUAUACAUUGCACUCGGCACUCAUGUCAUCCUGUCCAACGAGGACGCUGUUAAAAUUAUCAACGGCAUCCUCCCGCUGAUGGAAGAGAAGCUGAUUGACGGAGUUCUCUGGGCGGUGAGUAAAAGCGGCCGCCAGGAUUUUGAACUUGAUACAACCUUUACAGUAGACAAUGGACGAAAGUCGAUCCGACUGGGCGACUUGGUCGAAGGUCGACAUCCAGACUGGACGUUCUCCAAUUUUGCACCCCAACGGGCUAUUUUAGAACACGAAUCGACCAAGAUCUACUUCACGCAUGGCGGCGGCUCAAGCGCCAACGAGGGCCUCUACCACGGCAAGAUCAUGUUGGUGAUGGGCAUCUUCAUGGACCAGAUUGCCAACAUGGCGCGUCUGGUUGGUGGCGGUGUGGCCGAGCCGCUGAACAAAUUCAAAUUCACGUCGAAAGAGCUCUACACUAAGGGCAAGAAGCUCGCGAUCGACAAAGACGGCCUUUACCAACGCAAUGCAUUGAGAUUGAAACGUAUUGCGCACGUGGCAGCGCACCGCAAAUACCAUGCGGCCGAUCUGGUCGAGGAGCUUCUGUAUGAUAAUGAAUUGCGAUUCCAAGAUGGGCGGGAGUUACGACCUAUGCACCUACAGACGGCUGACAUGCGCAUGCCUAUGUACAAGGCCAAGAAUUGGGACUUGUACGCCGUCAGCUUGCUGGGACUGGCUGCGGUGACAGGGUCGACUGUGGUCGCCAGCAAGUUCCUGUGGACCAAUCGGGAGUCUCUCGUCGAGCUGGCCCAGUCAUCAAUAUCGUUUACCCGUCAAUGGGCACAGGAUAUUUUUAGGAAAUAG